GCCGAGCUCGGCCAGCUCGCUCUGGACGCCGUUGCUGCAGCCGACGGCGAGGAGCGGCCCGCCAAGGCCCCGCGCACCUGGGUCUCGCAGCCCUGCGCUCCGCAGGGCAGCGCCAAGGGCGUCGGCAAGGCCACGGGCAAGGACGGCAAGGGCUCGCCUGCACCAGCCAUACUGAACGGCGAGGGGCACGUGUUCGAGGGCGGGAUCUGGAACGGCUGGUGGUACGCGGACAUUUAUUGGACCCCGGAGAUGAAGAACAAGAAGGCUUCGGAGUCGCAGAAGGAGAGCGACUUGGUGACUGCGCUGUACAAGGCCCUCGAGAUGCACGCCGGGAAGUCCGUCACGCUGUCGCAGCUGGGCUCCGACUACAAGGUCGCGGAACUCAAGAAGGACCCGUUCUUCAAACAGAGGCGCCUGCUAGACUUCCUCCGCGAGCAUGACAACAUCUUUGAG